AUGGUGAACACCGCGAGCAAUGGGAGAGAGCCAAACUGUCGUAAAGUAGAAGUGUUAGGAAGUUUGCCUUUGCAAAUGUCAUUGUUUUACAAUGCAUACUUUUGUCCCAUAUUCUUGGUGAUUGGACUGGCUUCAUUCAUUUUAAAAUAUAACCAUUUGUCAACCAUUUAUCAAGUCAUACUAACAGCUAUGUAUAUAAUCUAUUAUACAGUUGAGGUUGUCCGACUGUUCCUAGGUUACUACGGGAACCUGGGGGGAAAGAUACCUGCCUUAUCAGGAUUUUGGACUACAUCGUUGGUAUUACAAUUGCCCAUCUCAUUGUUUUUGCAAAUAAACUCAUCUAUCAUACCCUUACCAGUGGAAAGAGCCCUUUACGGUCUUCACACGAUGUUCAUUCUAAGCCAGUUAUUCUUCGGCGUGACUGUUAUAAGACGGAUAGCAAGGCGACAGAUCGAGAUGUUAAAACGGUUACUUGAAGAAGACUAA